GGCGCAUCUUAGUUACAGGCGCGUUCCCGAGCAGAGAGGGAUUGAGACUGAACGGGAGAGAGGGUAAGAGACAGCGCCGGAAUAAAAGACGGAGAAGGGAGGUACAGAUUCCCCAGCCAUCUCGGAAAGAUGCUGGAUUUUUUGCUGGACUCCAGCAGGAGCGGCUUCCCUACUCUUCCCAAACUCACAGAGGAUGAGGUCUGUUCCAUAUGGGCGAGAGUCUCCGAAUUCAUUGCACAUCAGAUGGCUCUGCAGAAGGGAGUCCAAAUCCCUGGGCUUGGAACAUUUACUCUGUCGAGGCACACGCUGAAUGUGGGUAACAACAAAUCCAUUGUCCUUCAGCGGCCGGUGUUUCUUUUCUCUGAAAAGGUCGCUCAGCUUCAUGGUCUCAGUUACAACAAAAUCUUCACAACUGGCGAUAUCCCUGUGGUGCCACUGAACUACAUGACGCUGGCGUUUGGCAGCUCCUUUAGCAGAGACAUCAUCGAGGGCUGUGUGAGAGACACCCUCAGUGCUUUCUCACGCUCCAUUGCUACCAAGCAGAACGUGGAGUUUGAUUUCAAAGGAAUAGGGGCGCUUGUUAUCAGAGACCUCAAGGCCAAAAUGAAGUUUUAUAAGGAUUUUAUUAAUUCCAUGGAUGGAACUGGAAACCUUGUCAAAUCCCUUGCAAAUAGACCCGGCACAUGUGAUUCGGUCAUGUCAGAAAGAGACAGUCCUGUUCAUCGGCCAAGGACCUUCCUCUUCCCACGAAUUGAAGGAAAGGGGGAAGGCAAUGCCGCAACGAUGGAAGCAAUUGCAGAGGAGAAGGGAGAACCAGAAUGCUUGGGACCCAGCCCAAAAGAACCAGUGGAUAAAGAACAGGAGGGAGAAGAUGACAAUACUAGCAGAAGAGAUGUUUCAUCCCCUAAGCGCCUAGUCAACAGACCGUGUAUUGUGCCUGCUAAAGUGACUGGCAUCAGUUUGGAUAUGGAGAGAAUGAUGAAACCAAAAACUGCUCCAGAAAGGCUGGGCUCAUCACUUUCUGCCAGUUUCCCAAAGGCAGAUUAUGAAGGAGGCAACAACCAAACAAAUUUGCUGGGAAUAAGAGUUCCUACGCCUGGGACACCAUGCCAAGAUCACUGCCGAGCUGGGCAGGAGCUCUGCUACCUGUGUAUGCAACGGGCCCAAAAGAACAUCCCUGUGUACUUUACAGAAGAGAGGAGGCUGAAAGAGCAGGAGGAUGAGCGAAUUCUGCAGGAGUACCAGCAUAUGAAAGAUCAGGAAGCUCUGGUCAAAUCACAGCUGGCUUCCCUUGCUAACAGGAAACAGUACGAGAAAGAUGCCGCCUACAACAUGGGAGUAGGGGAAGCUGUGAGAAAUGAAAAGAAUAAAAGAAACAUGGAUUUCUAUAAAUCCUACUUUUUUCAGAAAAGGCCUCUGACCCCCCCGGCGUAUCUCAAGCAAGACCAAUGCUACCAGUCCUUAACAAAGCAAAUAGCAGAGAAAAAAUCCAAAGAGUUGACGUUGAAACAGGACAAAGAUCUGCUGGAUAGACUGGAACAAAUGCAGCUUUCAGAGGAGCUAACUGCUCAGAGGGCUAAAUUUCUGAAAGAGAAGAAUGAACAAGUACAGUGCUAUAAAUCCGCCUUGGAUACUCAGAUUACAACACAAGGGAAAAUGAAGCCGGCUUUUUUGCUGUCCUCUGAACCCGACGUAACAGAACCGGUUUUCGGUAGGAACGACAUGACGAACGAAAAACUGGUUGAGAAGAGAAAGAGAGCCCUGGAGGUGUCCAAGCAGCAGCUGCAAGCUUCAGUGGAGAGGAAACGCUUGGCCGUACUGAACGAACUGCUGCAGCAGAGGCAGGAAGGAGACAUGCUGGCCAAGUCAAAGCAACAAAUGGUAUCUGACAAAGCAGACCAGUAUAACAAGAUGUACCGUAUACAGAAGGCAUUACAGGAGGAGUGGGCAAAGUGUGCGGAGCUGAAACAGCACAAGGACAACGAGGAGGAGAAGUUCAUCCAAGCCGGAAGCCACCUGCUCCUCGACCAGUUCGACAAAUAUCGCCGAUGUUUCCAGUGUAAGAGACGCCCAUCAAACCGCGGGCAAUCCAAUAUAUGGAGCGAGUCUCGAUAUAUCCCAGGAGCGAGGUUAUUCAUAUGAAAAUCAGCCCUAAGAAUGUGCUAAAUGUGAUGUUGUGUUGCUUUGGGAUGCGCUGAACUGUAACAAUUGCUGGAGGUUAUUUCCAAAUUUAAUUUUUUUCUUAACACUUGCCAAACGAGCAAAUGCAAUACGAAGAGCAGAAUAAUCUUCUGCCUAUGGUGCUCCGAAGCCAACUGUUCUCUGACAUUGUUAUCCACAUAUCUUUCCUUCUUUUCCCUGCCCAAAUAAUGUAACAUCUACCAUUGCCAUGGGCACGGGGGCUCACAGGGGUCUUUAAAUCCUGCUGUUUAAUUGGUGGUUUCUCCUAAUUCAGAGGGGGAAGUAUUAAAAUAAUUGUAUAAUGACAGGUAGUUGGAAGCUGUAAUACUAGGGGCCUUAGAGACACCUCUAGAGACCUUCAGUAGGGAAAACGGAACAGGGGACAUGAAGGUUUAAAGGGGCCUUGAUUAGUGUAGGGUCGUGUUUGUAUCAGAAUAGCCCCCCAUGUACCACUGAAGGAACCAGAGCUAUUACAAAUGCUCUUGGAACUUCAAGGGGAUCUAAAUUCAUUCGCUGCUGUAUUCUUAAUCUCAGCCAAUCACAGGUUGGACUAAGGUCGCCUUGUGAUUGGCCAAUAGCACCUGUAUGCCUGUACACAAUUUCCAGUUUAAUUCAUACUGCAAAUAAUAAGCCACAAUUAAAAUGAAAACUUGAAAAAGCGCAACCUUUCUACCUCUCACCCUUUAGAUCGAUUCGGCAGCUUAUCUGCCCGUGUAUAGGGACAAACGAAUUCAGCCAGAUCUCAAUCCGGCAGGUUUAAUUUUUCUGUCGGAUCAGGGACUGUAUUGGCUCGUUGAUGCGGCCCCCGAACCGAUGGCACCUAUACCCGCCGUUCUAAUUUGAUCUUUGAAUUAGCCCGAUAUCAUAUCGGGAGAAGAUCCACUUGCUUGGCGACCAGCGAGCUGAUCUUACCGUGUAUUGCCAGCUUAACUCCUGGAUAUGGUUUAUUGCAAUGGGAAUAGAACCCCCGAUUAGCAGUUCUGAAUGUGCAUUGCCUUUUAAAAUAAAAGUUUGUCCGAUGCCCUUAAAAAA